GCCCUCAUCACGCUAGUGACGUCCUGCGACUUCCCCAAAGCCCUGCUCAUCAAGAACGACGAGGACCCCUGGUACACCCACGUCAGGGCCAACGGUUCUCGCGGCGUGGAGUACUAUAUACGCCACAACGUGAUCGAAAUCCUGUACCCGGGGUCCAACAAGACCCCCGUGCGAUGGAAGUGCUCCACGUCGUUUCACGAGAAGCACUUACUGAAACGCGAGGACCAUUUGAUCAACUCUUACUAUGUCUGCGCGAAAUUUCUCGUCCGCAGCAGGUCCAUCGUCCAGGUCAUGUGGUCGCGCGAGGUCAAAGUGUUUGACCUUUCUCUGUGUGAAGAUAAGAACCUCAUCCUCGACCCCUGGCCUCUCGUCCGGUACACGACGCUGUACACAGACUACAAGCCGUGUCCAUUCAGCGGCGGAUACGAUAUGAAGGUAGAAGAUUCUCGGCUCGGCGAGAACGGCUGCAACAGGAUGCUGAGGCCGAUGAGGAUGGAGGCUGAGUGUCUCGGGGGCGAGGGAGUGAGUUUCGACUUCAUCUCCAGCAACUGUCUGCCGGACAUCAAGAUGUACGUCAAGCAGAAGACCAUGUGCGUCACACACUGGCGAGACCAGGUCAACUUCUACGUCAUCCUGCGCCGAAACGAAGACGACGACCUCUGGUGCAUGGUGAUGCCUGUGCGCCGACACGCCAGGACGACGGCGUACCUGUUCGCCGACCUCUCGUGCAGGACCGACGCCGGGAAAACGCUGAACGAUCUGAAAUACUUCACCUUGCAUCUCCACACCAGAGUCUACCGCUCGCUGUGCGAGGAUGAAUACGACAAGUGCAGCGAGCUCGAGUGCAACUCGUUCCUAAAACACGAAUGUCAGAAAUCGUGUAAGGUCUGCGACCCGGACUCACCCCCUCCCAGUUGUGAGUACCCCGAGAACAUAGAUGGGACCUGGUUUUUGAAAACGCCUCCUGAUCGCGUCACGAACAUUGAGAUAACGCGUUCAAACUUAUCCAUCGAGAACGUGGGGAACUUCCUGUGCGUCAUGUUUCCGGACAGCCCCAAGUCCAAAACGUCCAACAUCUACACGGCUAUCUCACUUUACGACAACGGCUGCAGGCCGAGAUACACCUGCGUCAAGAUACGGCGUUUCGGACAGUCCGUCAUUCGAUACACGCUCAGCCAGAGCCACGCCUGGCCGAGUCUGGCGAGCGACAUCGGCGAAAUGGUUUGCAACGAGGAUCGCUUCCACGCGGAUCCGCUUCCCAUCGACGACAUGUAUCGAUCCUACGAAGGGGCGGGCAAGCCCAUCGUUGCACACCACCCGCGCCCCGAGCCCAUCAACUGCAACGUGACGUCCAUCCAUACCAUCAGCGCCACCCUCCCCGAGGGCUACGUGUGCCUGGGCAGCCUGUACCACCACUGCGAGGACGCCACCAAGCUGCGCAUGGAGUUCGGCAGCUGCGGUAACCUCAUCCCAGCGUCCACGGACUACAGAUGCUUGGCCGACUUCGAGGGCCACUACUGGGAGCGGAUCCUCCUGGUGCAGAACGUCAACGACGAGACGGACGCCAUCUGCUUCGUCUUCAGCAAGAUCUACCCGACAGAGGCGUACGUCUUCACGGCCAGCCAGUGCGAUCAAAAAAGUUUCAGCUUCGCCAGGGGUGGCAUUCGCAAACCCUUGCUGAAGCUUGAGUUCCGCAAAGAGCCGGAGCCUUGCAAGUCUAUU